AUGUUUAGCAAUGAUGUUUGGGUUCUCGUUGACAUUAAAUAUUCAAACUUUUAUAGUGAUAAUUUAUGUAAAAAGGAUUUUAAAUAUCAAACAAAAUCCUUUCAUCAUAGACAAGCUGAAACAUUGAUAUUUAAAGCGUCUCCUUCUCCGAACCCUGAACCCUUGAGGUGGUUGGUGUUCUGUGCAGCCAUAUGUAAUGAAAAUACCAAUACCCGAAAAAUGAGACCAGAAAUGUUUUUGUGUUAUGCUUCUCCUUUGCUUUCGCAAACAAAGACUUAUGACAAGAAGGACUUAAUCGAUUUGGAUAAUUUUGAAUAA